UCUCACUCAUUAACAGUUCAUAGUUCUUCAUCGAACAAAAGAUUCUAAGCAACACACAACGAUGGCUUACAAAGUAUUCUGCAUUAUCCUCCUAGUUUGUAUUGCUGUGCAAGCUGCACCCAAAUUCGAACAUGUGUUCAAAAAAUUACCAAAUUUCCAUGAGUUAGUGGAAAAUGUUGGAAUCGCCCUGAAAGAGGCCCACAACGAGGGAAAGGAGGCGAAAAAAGACGGGCUACAGGCCGCGGCAAACGCGGUGAAGGCCUUUAGCGGCCAUGUGCGACAAUCUGCAGAAACUAAAAAAGAUAAGAUAAAGAAGCCAAUGGGUUUCGCAAAAGGGGUAUUCGACAUAAUCAUCAACCAGGAUAAGUCAGAUGGCCAACCCGAGAUAGAUUCCCCUCCUGAGCCCGAGAAGGACAGUGAUGUUGAAUCUGUUACCGCUGCCGUUCCCCCACAGAACCACCUCUCCCCGCCCCCAUUAUCCAAAAAAUCCACUCAAAAUGCCGAAAUACGAGUCCAUUCAGCAGAAAUCGCUCAUAGGGAUGAACUUUUGAGAAUAGAUUUUUUGUGGCACAUUCGAAACGAUUUAGCGUGCGCAAAGUCCUUGUUUUACGCACUUAGUGCACACUACUUCGUCCCAACCAAAGGCAAGGACCACAAGGCCAGGGGGCACCAUUCCCUAUGGCCCACUGCCAAUCUCCGGAUGAGAAAACAUGAAAAGCAGAGUCAACCAAUUAACAAAUUAAUUACAAUCAUGACUGGUUAUAGACCAUUGAAGAAUUACAUUUUAAUGACAACGUGA